AGUAUUCUGCGUCACCGAGUGUAAAUGUCUAUGGUAUUUCGUAACAACUCGACAAUUCCCGGAAAUGAGAUGACUCUUACUUUCAAAUUAUUUUGUUUAUUUAAUUUAUAAUAUUCGGAAAUUGAGGCUAAAAAUAUUUAUAAUUUAAUUUGAAACAAUGCUCAAUCACAGUUAAAAGCAAUAAACUGUCAAUUGUAGAUAUGAACCUGAUUUUUGGAGACAUGCAUUAUUUCAACUUCCAACAAUUUGCGAACUCAUAUAAACUGAUAUAAUUCAAAAUACAAAUAAAUGGUUAGCUGACUUAUUCAAUAAUGAAUUUUGGCUGGUUCGCGAGUAUUCUUGUUCAUCAUCCAAUUAUAGUAUUAUCAGCUGUUGCAGUAUUUUCGGGAACAUGUAUUAUUAUACCACUGACAUUAAAAUCUGUUACUCUACCAAGUUUCAAAGAUCCUCAGCUGGGGUUUUCAACAAGAGGUACAAAAAUAUCAAAUCGUUUAACUACAUGGAAAAAUUUGUUGAAAUCUACAAGGCCUUCUGGGGAGUAUACUACAAAUCCAAAAGAAUAUUUGUAUAUCCAAAAUAAGAACAAAACUCAACAGCCACCCAAAACAAAAAAUUCAUCAAAAUUAAAACUUAAGAAACAUAGAAAACCAAAGAAACUCAAAGAGCCCGUAUUUGGCAGUGAAACUUUAUAUGAGGAUUCAAACUCAAGUAAUGCCAUAGCAGAAUUAAAUAGAUGGAAGGCUGUUCAAAAUUUAACUCCAAAACCACAUAAGAACUUUGAGAGGAAUGAUGAAAAUUUUUUUUGUGGCAAUCCAGAUGAACAGUAUGCUCAUUUUGUAGUUUCUACUCACAAUAAACGAGACUUAUUCAAUAUAAAUGAUCUUCUGACAAUGUGCAAAUUGGAACAUGAACUUAUUGAUCUCAAUUAUUACGAAGACCUCUGCAUCCAAAACAACAAUCAGAAGUGCUGUAAACAUUGGUCUUUGCCAAAUUAUGUUGCAUUCCUCAACAAGAGAGCAUCAUGCUUAGCAAUUACGGCUGAAGAUGUAGAGGUGACUAAGAGACUUUUAAUGCAAUGUUCUCCGUAUUUCCAUUCUUUUGAAUUAAAUUCUCAGUGUUUAAUAGAUGCGCCUUAUUGCGAAGCUCCCAUUGAAUGUCUUCGACAUGAUGCUGUUUUCAAUGUGCUCAAUUUUAUAACAAGUACUUCAUUUUUGGCUCCUAAUUCAAGUAUGGAUGUGAAAGUAAAAGAGACAAUGGUAUUUUUGCCGUUAGCAUGCAGUACUGCAAUCAUGCCUUACUAUCACGAACUUGAAAAGCUUACUUUGAAAUUUGAUGGAUUAAGGAUAGUUGCCAUGGAAUUUGGUAUAAAGAACGCACUGUUUGAUGAAUUUUUACUUAGAGAUACGUAUCUUAUGGGAUCUGGAGCAUUGUUUGUAUUUAUAUGCAUUUGGAUCUACACACAGUCAUUGUUCCUUACAAUAAUGACAAUAAUAGUGAUCAUAUUUUCAUUAGCCAUAUCCUAUUUUAUGUAUAAUCUAGUGUUUGAGAUAAAGUUUUUUCCAUUCAUGAAUCUUUUGGCAACAAUUGUUGCCAUUGGUAUUGGCUCAGAUGAUGCUUUUAUUUUCUGCAAAAUAUGGCAGAUUCAGAAGCAAGAUUCUAGUUGUUCCUUAUUAAAAGUGAUGGCUGACACAUUUCAUCAUGCAUUUAUGUCAAUGUUUGUUACAGCUUUGACAACGUCAGUAGCAUUCUUAGGUUCCUACGUUAGUUCCGUAACAGCUGUUAGUUGUUUUAGUAUAUUUGCUGGUAUGGCAGUAAUAGCAAAUUAUUGUUUGAUGAUGACAUGGUUUCCUGCUUGUCUUGUAAUAUGGGAACGUUCAUGUUUAUCAAAUGAAGCAUUAUUUAAAAGCUGCUUUGUGAUGUUUUACCAAAGAUGGUGUUGUAUUAAAUUACAACUGAAUUUGUCAGCUGGAUGGUGUCAGUAUUUAUCAAUCAGUAGAUUUUUCAAAACAAGAGAAAAUUGGAUAUUAGAUUAUAUAAUCAAAUUUAAAUAUUUUUGGUUUUUGUCACUGGUAACAUUGGCACUUAUAAGUGGGUUCAUUGUGUUUGUUUAUCCAAAAAUUCAGCUUCCGGAUACUAACGAAUUCCAGCUUUUCGUCGAUUCUCAUCCGUUUGAACAAUACGAUUUCAAGUAUAAGAAUCACUUUUGGUUCACUCGUCCAGAAAAGAAUGAUCAAGUCACCUACAAAUUACCAUUGAGAUUUGUAUGGGGUGUUCUUCCAAUUGACAAUGGUGAUUAUUUGGAUCCCUCCAACUUAGGAACUCUUACUCCUGAUCCAGCUUUUGAUAUGUCAGAUCCAGAAUCUCAGGAAUGGCUAUUGAAUUUUUGUCAAUCAGUGCGCGAGCAGCCUUUCUAUCAGUCUAUGAUAGGUCCACUAUUGCCAAACUGUUUUGUAGAAACAUUUAUGAAGUCAAUGGAUAGAAAAUGUUACGAUCCCUUCCUGGAUCAAGAUAGGUCGCCAUGUUGUGAAACGGCGAAAUUUCCUUUUAAUAGAACAGUAUUUAACAAAUGCAUCAUCAAUGAAAUAGCAGAUAUUUAUAAUACUCCCUCAAAUCUUCUGAAUCCCGGUAUGGCUGGUCCUAAAUUUUCUAAAGACCAAAAUCCGACAAUAAAAAUUGUAAUAAUAGAAUAUGACAGUAGUUAUAGUUAUUCAAUGUCAUACGAACAAAUGGAUAGUUUCUUUAAAAACGUCGAAGAAUGGAUGACAAAACAGUUAGAAUCUGCACCAAUUCCUAUGAAGAAUGGGUGGUUUAUUAGUGAGUUGGCAUUUUAUGAUUUACAGAGGGAAUUGAAUGCCAGCACCCAAAUUUCCAUUAUGAUAUCAAUGGGACUUGCUCUUAUAGUACUGUUUCUAUCUACAUUAAAUAUUCUUACAAGUUUAUAUGCAAUUAUGACUAUAACUAGCAGUAUUUCUGUUACAAUGGCAGUAUUAGUAUUAUUAGGUUGGAAGUUGAAUAUUCUAGAAUCUACGGCAGUCUCUACUGCCAUUGGACUGACGGUAGAUUUCAGUUUACAUUAUUCUGUCAAUUACAGAAUGUGCCCAGAAUCUGUUGCCGUAAAUAGAGAAGCCGCCACUAAACAUGCUUUAAAUUAUAUGGCUGGACCUGCAUUUAUGGCAGCUAUUACCACUGGUGCUGCAGGAGCAUUUAUGCUUCCUUCUUUAAUCCUUCCUUACAUUCAGAUUGGCAUUUUUCUGGUAUUAGUUAUGUGCGUAAGUUGGAUUUAUGCUACAUUUAUGUUGGGUUCAAUGCUUGCUAUUAGUGGACCCAUAAAAGAUUGGGGUCAGUUUAAUUACCCUAAUAUGAUGUGCUUGUUAGGUAGACCGAAAAGAGUUCAAGGACGGUCUCUACCACAACCAUCGACUUUGCCAGAUUGUCAUGAAUUGGAGUCCUUGACGUUUCCUAAACGUAACAGGCCCAGUCCCAAACAAUUGAGACGGUCAAUGAGUGCAAGUGGCGGAGCUAGAUUCAUACCCAGCAAAUAUGUGUUUACUGAUCAGUCCCCUUCAGCAACCAGUGCUAUAACUAUCAUUAUGACCGAUGACAAUUAAAUGUAAACUGUUAGGACUAAAUGUUCUGUGAUAUAUUUUUUAGUUGACUUUUAUUGAUGUAAAUGCCAUUUAUGUCUAUCAAUUUUGUUCGGAUGGCAUUAAACAUUAUAUAUAUAUAUAUAUAUAUAUAUAUAUAUAUAUAUAUAUAUAUAUAUAUAUAUAUAUAUAUAUAAUGUGUAAAAAUGUUAUGUAAUGAAAAUUAAAAAUAUUGAUAUUGAACAGUCUUCUUGAUUAAAAAAUAUGCCUUUAGCUACAAUAAUCAUGUGAUUCCAAGUAGUGAAACAGUAUACAUGUGAAAGUCAAAUUAUUGAUUAUUCAUUAACAAUACAUUUGGUACAACGACAUAAAAAUAUCAUAUUAAAUAUCUUCCAGCUAUUUUUUCAAAGAGCAAAUACAUAUUCUUGUAAAAACUUAUCAUAAGAAAUAUUGUAUAGAAUAAAAGCUUUUAUCCCGAAGGAAAAAAAAUUUUUGGCUUAAAGUGUGCAAAACGUAAUGAAGGUAUUAAUAAUUGUAAAGUGUACAUUUUUCGUAGUUAAACAUCUAGAUUAGUAUUAUCAUAAUGAAAGUGUGCCGUUGCUAUUUUUCUAAAAUCUUUUAUUAGGUUUGUUCCAAUCUGCUAAUCUGGAUCGUCCUUGGAACGGUUAUUGGAAGCGUUUACACGAUAUUUUCGCGCAAUCUCCAGCUAUACAAGGUUCUUGUAAUAGUACUUGUUAUCAGUUAAGUAUCGAAAGAAAAGGUUCACAAUCCAUGCCUCAAUCGGUAGUUCGUAUAACGAUAACUGCCCUGUUUUAACACGUAAUCUCUAUUGCGCAAAAUCAUCACCGUACCAAGGACGGUUCUUGAUGGGUUGGAACGAACCUAUUAACAAUAUUUACUGCCCUGUAUGACAGAUACUUAGAAACCGUCCAUAAAAAUGAUUCAAGGGGCUCACAAAUUAACAGUUGGACGUAUAGACGUAUUGUAGACUAAUUGUAAUUUAAGUCCAAUUUAUCAACAUUAACCCAAUUCACACUUAGAAUAAUUCUAUUUUCUUACGAUAAAACUUUAAUUUUUUAAUUUAUAUUUACCGAAGAACAAAGAUUCUGUAGUUUGAUCAAUAGCUUCUUUUUAAAUUUCAUUAAAGUACCGCAUAAUAGUUGAAAAAAUACACUCUCUCUUAAAUUAUAUGGUUAAUUUAUAUUCCUCAUUCAUUUUUAUUACAAAUAAUCUUUGUCAAAAAAAUCUAAGUAGACUUAGUUUAAAUGUAGUUUUCUUUUGUGCUACUAACAGCAUACUUUCUCCUCAUUAUCAGUUGAGUUCUAAUUAUAUUACAUGUUAUUAAUAAAGCAUAUCUUUCCAUCAUAUUCAAUUUACGUAGUCUUUCCUACAAUAUUAAGGUUAUCCAAAUUAGUAACGAUGUAGUUUUCUUGAUGAUUUAUUUUUUUCUUAUUUUUAUAUGUUCAACACUCAAAUAAUUAUUUUUCUUCCUGUAAAUGUUUUAUUGCUCGAACUAUGGAGGGUACAGAGAAGAAGAAUCUUCUGUAUAUGUAAAAAGUGUCCGUCCAAAUGCGUUAAAUAAGUGGGGCGCCACUUUAGCAUCAGUAUAAAUUUACUACAUUAUUCUGUAUAAUGCAAAACUUCCAAAAUUUUCAAUACUGAAAUGUUUUAAUCAAAAAUGAGACUCCGCAUACUUUCAAUUCAUUUACAAUCGCUGCAUUUAUACCAUACCCUUUAUCUGCACCAAUGACAUUCUGAAAGGUUUUUGAAUAGUUAUUUAUCGUAUAUAGCUGGAUUCUUUCCGAUAAGAGAUCGCAACCAAUUAAAAUAAUCAUGACUACUAUAGCUGUAAGACGAACCUGAAAAUAAACUCAGAAAUAUGACAUAUUUCUCGAUUUAAGUAUAUGAGUUUUAGGGUAUCGUUUACGCUUCGACCCAAAGGAUCUAUUGUGUCCCACUUUCUUGCUGCGAUACUGGAGAACCCUGUGUUUACAGCUAAUCCGUUAGUCCCAUUUCUUUUAAAAAGUAUAGAAUGUGAGAUGGCUUCAGUUGCGAGAGAUCUUCGUCUUCUAUUUCAUACGCUCCCUGGUGUAUUGCUCUAGAGUUCCUUAGCGUUUCACACUACGAGAGAAUGUGGAUAGAGGUUUCGUCCUCUGUGCAACAAAAUCUGCACGCCGCAUUAUCUGUUAAGUUUAGCGUCUUCAGGUGUUUGUUGAGGCAACAGUGCCCCAAUAGGACUCCUGUGAGUAUUCGUAGAUUAUUCUUACUUAGGUUGAUACAUUCAGCAGAAUUUCUCUGGUUAUAGUUUCCCAGAGGAGCUUUUGCCUGUCUCAGUCUAUGUAGGUUGUCCUAAUAAUUACAGCUGAUAUCAGGUUCGGGUCCCAUGAAGGGCUUACCUGCCCCCGCUUUAGCGAGCUUAUCAGCUAUUUCAUUUGCCUUCGCUCAGGUGUGCCCCGGAAUCCUUCAUAGGGUAAUUUUAUUUUUCUUGCCUAACUCAUUUAAUUUGUCUAGUUUGAAUUUUAUGAUAGUUCAUCUAUUUUUUAAUUCCAUGAAUUUCUGCUUGAAAAAUACUUGGUGCGCUGCCCAGGCUUUCAGAGUGUUUGGUUCUGGACCCAUACAUUCUUAUUCCAGUUCCGUCUGUUGUUUUAGUUCCGUCCGUAUACCAUUUAAUGACAUAUCUGUUCAUUUCUUGUAUGGUGUUUUGAUACCACUUGCUUUAACAGAUUAUUAUUGAGGAACUUUUUCUCAUAAGAGAUAUCUUCCCUUCUCUCUAUCCUUCAUAGCUCAAACAUUGUUUAUAGAGGUUGCUUGAUUAAGCCUCAACUAAUUAAAAUAAUCAGGACUAAUAUAGCUAUAAGUCGAACCUAAAAAUAAACUCAGAAAUGUGACAUAGAAAUCUUUCUGGAUAGAUUCAAAACAGACACGGGAGUACUAAAUAAAACUUGAUACAAAUAAGCAAGACUAACAACAUCUCUGUAGACUUUGUUUCUGGUCACACGGAAAUCUAAAAAGGAACAGUCUUUUAUUGACUCACGAUCUUACUUUGGUAUAGGAAAUGUUCCUAUAAGGAAGAGGUAGACCAGUUGGUACCUUUCCAGGGUAGAUCAAUCUAAAACUUUCAUUUUGCGCUUGGAUAUUUCUAGAUAUUAUCCAAUACAAGAAAGAUCUUUUCAGUAUUUUCCUGAUAGGUAGCAAAUAAUUAAAGUCCUGUUAAAAUAUAUAAUUAUUCAUAUUUGUAGGAGUGAAUAUCUAACCUCGUUAAAGAUAGAACAGAUAUUGGUGUUCAUUGGAACUAGAAAGCUUUAAGAUUUCACCGUACACAGCUCUUAGAUAUGAGGCUAUGAAAAGCCAAGUGGAUUAACCCCAAAUUUGCAUAAUGGAGAUAAUUGGCUGUAAAGUUUGUUCAAAAUGGACCGACACAUAAUUUUUUUUAAUGGUUAUUUUGAUUCCAAUUCGCUUUACUAUGUAUAAAGUGACUGAAUAUAACUAAAAAUGACAACAUACUAAAGUUAUGAUUUCAAUCUUAUAUUUUAAUGUGGAUUAGUCCAUUUCCUCUCUGAUGAUUGUGUGGAUUAGUUCACAUUGUUUUAUACGAUUCUGGUUUUUUCUUCGAAUAGUAGUAGUAAAAUAUUAAAUUUUUUGUAUUUAUUUUAUUACUGCACUUAAAAUUAGCGAAAAUAACAAAAAACUUAAAAACCUAUUUAUUUCAACCUAUGGUAUCUAAAGAGGUUACCUAGCAAUUAAUUUUAAAUACAAUAUUUAUUUUGUAAAGCACCUAUAUAAAAAUAAUGGAAGAAAAAUAAAAUUUAUGAGAGCGCGGCAUUAUCAAACUGGUUUGAGAAUAGCGUGCAUUCAAAAUAAUAGGCGAUACAUAGGUCAAUCAAUAUUUAUUUAGGCAUAAUUCACAUCCAUUGUAGGUACAUAACUAGGAAUAGUGCUUUUCUUAACAGAAUCUUAACAUUAAUCUCAACAGAAGUCGCAAAUAUAAUUUUUUGCCGUUUCUUUUCCACUGCAUUCUUUGUGGAUCCAGGUUGAACAAGAGCAGCAACGAAACCAGACUUCAUUAUUAAGUCCGAAUUCACCACAUAAUUUACUUAUGUCAUUAGUAUUCUCAUUUUCUUUGUCUGAGCUUAUCUCAUCUUCAUCGACGUCAUUACAUAAUUGUGCAAGGGGAAUAUCCUCGCUGCUUUCUUCACUGCUAGAAAUUAACACUCUUCUCUUCACAGAUUUUCCUUUUGCUAAAGUUUUUACUUUAACAUGUUUACCUUUACCUUUUUUUCUUCUUUUUCUCUCCUUAUCUUCUAGCCGUCCUUUUAGUGGCGUGGCGGUCAAAAUUUGAGAGUGUUGUUUCUUUGAACGUUUUUUAAUUUUCUGAAUUUUUCGAGGCACUGGGCUCAAUAUCUCUAAAAUGUUACUACGCGAAGUACUAGCAACAGAUUCGGUUUUAUUUGAAACAUGUGUAGAGAGUGCUUCCGUUGCUAUGUCAUUGUUGAAUGAAUUUUCGUUUCGAGUAGUAAGUCUUCAACAAUUGGGUCUGAUAUCAUCAUCAUCAAACACGUUGGGGUUUAUGGGAUGAAUGCCAGUCACUUCGAAACCUUUUACUGCCUUGUCCAUCGAAGCUACUCUCAAAUAAGCUUUAUUAAAUAUUGAAGCAAUAACAUCAUGAGUAAUUUUUUCAUAUGGAUGGUUUUUCAUAUAUAAGUCACACUCUUUAUGAUAAGCUGUCUUCAAUGGACUGUAGAAAGUGACAUCCAGAGGCUGCAUCCUAUGGGAAGUGUGCGGGGGGACAAGUGACUAGCAUGAUUGUCAAGAAUUAGUAGAGUGUGGUUUUUACCUGUUGCAGUAAUAUAUUUGGCAAAGUGACGAAGCCAUUUCUCAAAAAGUUCUUCGAUGAUCGACCCAGACUUUAAACAUAUAUUCAAACUCAUAUUCUGCUCCAAUAGGCCCCUCGAAUCUUGAGACUGGCUUUGAUUCUUUGGCGUGGAUAUAUAAAAAUGGGUGGGAAUAAUGAAGUUCCCGAUGCAUUCAUAGCACAAACAACUGUGACAUUUUGCCCACGUUCUCCGCUUGUAAUUUUGCCAACUUGCUUAAUUCCUUUAGGUGCAUAAAUUUUUCCAGGUCUUUGAACAGUUAUAAUACCUGUUUCAUCAAAUUUGAAUAUUCGUUUUGCUGGAUAAGCAUUAUCUCUGUCAUUUCUUCCAAAUUGCGAAAAAACAAUGCAAUUUCGGAUUUACUAAAACCCAACACUCUAUUCAUGCUUGUUAGCUCUGGAAGUCGUAAAGAGAUCUCAGGUACGCAUACACCCAACACUUACCAGCCAUGCUCUUCUCUGUUGAAAAACUGUUUAAUAUUUUUUGCAACCGCGAACUCAUAAGCCAAAUUGCGUAGCUGUUGCUGUGAGAUUCCAAAAAAUGUUUUAGCCAACUUAAUAAUAAUAUGGCCAGCUAACUCCUUUUCAUCUUAUUUUGAAAAUGUUGCCUUUCGGCCAAGUAGAGGGUCAUAGUAUUCUCCUUUUUUUUCUCUAAUUGAAGAUUCCGGAAGCAUAAAUGAUAUUGCUACUUCUUUCAUUUAUUUCCCACUCUUUACAGCUUCUAAAGCAGCUUGCAUUUGGAGUGGAUCCCAUGACCCCUUUUUUCUUUUUGGUGCACUUUCAGUCAUCUGUAAAAGAAAAAAUAGAUAUUUGUAAUAUGCAAUUGAUAAUACCGCGCCCUGAGCGCGGCAUUUUCAGCCUACGCCAUUUUGUUUUGCCACCACAACAGAAUUUUACAAACAAAAUUUUAAAACUCGAAUCUACUUUAAAUAACACCAAAUUACGCUACAAAAUACAUUAUAACAACAUAAUUUUGACCACAAAAAGAAGUACAUACCUGGAUACGUCAGUCACAGAAAAAUUAUAAGAAAUGCGCGCAAAAGUUCUGUAUAGACGUACAACUCAUACCACUGACCGUGGGCCACUGCCGCGCGGGGCGGGGUUACUAGGUCGCAAGGGCGAUCAUGUGAUGCAUACGAAGUCAUAGCUUUUAUAGAUAGUUAUGUAGUUACACUGGAGCGCAGUAUUAUCCAACCCUCCCAUAACCAUUGGAUUUUCAGUCAUUCCACCUUGGUUUUUGUCUCCGACUGUUUUCUGUUCGUAAUGUUAGGGAGAGAUAGGGAGAUAGGAAUGGCCACUCACCAGGAAUUUAUGAUCAAUUUCUUCGACAUUAAAAUCUGGAGAUGCCGUUUUAUAUUACGGUUCUGGCGCCCCCACUGAUCGGAAUACAUGAUUAUUUUUCUUGAUGUUGGAAAAUUCUUAAUAUAAUGCAACAGGCAGGAACCGACCUCUAGGGGUCCCCGAGAUGCGACGGAUUCGUCCCAAAUAAACAUAUAGGAAUUAUCAGUACCCAUUUUAUGAACGUUGAAACAAUACGUCCAUAAUUGCCUCUUAUAAUAACAAAUUCCAGUCGUUAAGACGGGUGUCGGUAAUGUUUUCAUUAAAUCGAAACAUAUAACAGAAACUUCACUAUUUUUUUCACGUUGAAUAUCAUGCUUCAGGCGAUCCCUUGCUGCUUUAGCCUUCCUCUGAUGGAAUUCUAGAUCCUUUUCCCUUCUACUUUGUGGAAUUCCAGUGUACGUGCGCAAUUUAUUUUCAACUUUGAUUAAGGAAAAAAGGUGCGCGGUUUAAAAAUCAAAGUUAUCCAAUGAAUGGAAGUGUUGAUGCAAAGCUCUUUGACGUUCCUCAGGAAUCAAAUUGUUACAGUGAUGUUUACAACCGCAUACACAUGGACUGAAAGACUUUGCAGGAGCAACUCUAUUGGUUCUAGUUGUAUACUCUCCACCAGCACAUCGUUUCUUCUUGGCAACACUUCUAUUCCACUUUUUUUCAUGGCGAACUCGCUUUCUACUCUUAACUUCCCUGGAUGUUGGUGGGUCAGUACCAGAAGGUUUGUCUGAUGAUUCUUCAUAAUCUUCAUCUGAAAACACGAAUUCCGAACCAGACUCCUGAUAUGGUUUAGAAUCCGAUUUCGAACCAAACUCCUCAAAUGGUUCCGAGUCCGACUCUGCAAAAUAUUUUCAUUUUGUUUAACAGUAAAAAAUAAUGAAUAACUUUCAUUUUACAAUUAAACUGAAUGUACUAUUAUUAUUUUACUUUUAGGAUUGUAUUUAUUAUAAUGUUUGUGAUAAAUAAAUAAAAUAAAAAUAAUCUCAAAAAUUAAACACAUAAUAGCCUCAUAGCCAAGAAAUUAAUAUUUUCAUUCUUUUUCAUGAAAAUUUAAUUAUUAAUAGAGUACUUACGGUCAAUUAUAUCGCUCAUAGUAUUCACAAAUUUGUAGAAUAUUAAAAUUAGUCAAAAACUUAUCAAUUUGAACACAAAAUAAACAUCGCUUCCAUCGUGUUUACCACUUUGCUGAUUGCGGCUCAAUGGACUAAGCGCGAUAGUCCACUAUGAUUUUUAAUGAAUAUGUGAAUUGCGAAAAAGCAAAUCAACGAUAGCACUACCAUCUAGCGGUUUAUUUUAAAAAGUGACAGUCCAUUUUGCUGUUGAUAGAUAUGGGUUUCAAAAUUCUAUUGGUAUCAAAAAAAGAAAACUACAAUUUUGUGGGUUAGUCCACUUGGCUUUUUAUAUCCUCAUAUCUAACCUCGUUGAAGAUAGAACAGAUAUUGGUGUUCAUUGGAACUGUGGAACUGGAAAGCCUUAAGACUCAACCGUACACAGCUCUAGAUAUAAUCAUUUUUCUAUGUACGAAAUACCGAUUAUAAGAAUAAGAAUUUUUAUGACUGAUUAUUAUUAAUUAGCAGCACGCCUAGGUCUUGAGUCAGGUAGAAAGAAUAUAUAAAUUUUGAGAUAGAUUUUGCAUUACCGCGAGGACAAUAAUAUCCUUGAUAAAUAAUUUGUUAAGUUUUGGCAAUAAUAGUUAUCAAUAAUAAUCGCACCAAAAUAUUAAUUUUUUUGCGUCCUUCGGGAUCAAUCAGCUAAACGAUCUAUCAAUUUGUGAAAAUGCCAUGACCUUAAUAUAGAGCAAUAGUAAAGGUAUAUUUUCAUGAUAGUUGUUCAAUGUUAAAAAAAUUAUUGUUGAUUUAUUUUUCUAAUCUAUUUUCGUGAUUAUCUAAAACCGGAGGCGUAACUAAUAGUGAAAUAGAUGUACGUUAUUCACUUUCCACCUUUCAACUUACUAUUUCUUCUACCUAUGGUUUCUCCAGUCCAAUAUUAGAAAUUUACAAGUUAAUAGUCUGUAUAUGUGUCCAAUUAUAAUUACGAAUUUUAUAUCAACGAAGUUGUAAACAUUUCUGGUUUUAAUAAUCAUCAUGCUUAUACAGAGUCUUUUUUCUUGUAAAUAUUGCUCAAUAUAUAUUCAAUACAGUCCCCAAAAUAUUGAGGAGGUGCUACAAGUAACUAAAUAUUGAGAUCAAUAUCAGAAGAGCAAAUAUAUUCUGCUCAACAGAAGCAGUAUCAUUGACUUUGAUAUAUUUUCAAAUCCUGAAAAUAGAUCUGUAAUAGUGAUUUUAUCCGGUACAUUAUUUCUGUAAAUAACAUGUAAGCACUCACAAUCUAAAUUAUUUGGGGCUAUUAGAUGGAUGCAAUUGAUUGUUACCAAUUUCUUGUUAACUUUAAACAAUCCCAUUCAGUAUAAUAAAAAGAUGUGAUUCAUGUACUUAUUAUGUGUACUUAAUAUGUUAAGAAUAGAAUAUAUUAGUGUAUAAUAAACCAAAAAAAUUAAUUACUAACAUAAUUCAGCUGAUGUUUAUUACAUUGCUGAUGAUUUCCUAAACGAAUUUACAUCACUCAUUGUUUUAGACAGGGGAUUAAUGCCAAUUGAUUAACAAGUAUUGAUUUUUAUUUCACUAGAGAAGUUACGUUUCUGGAAACUUAAUGUGAUGACAUUAGUUGUCUUGUUAAAUAACUAUUAGAGUUCAUGUAGUAUGAAUUAUAUCAAUGUUAAAUGUUCAAACGAACAAAUCUCUGGACUGCAGAAGAAGGUAUCUAUCUCUGUAUAUUAGACGUAUUUUUUAUUUUUUUACACAACCUGUUUCUAAAUUGAUUUUUGGUUAAUAAAGAUGUUUUGCCAAUAAAA